AUGCAAGUCCAAGUUAGAACAAUAAAUGUUAUUUGUGCAGUAUUAUUAGUCUUAGCUGGUUUUCUCAUCGACAAUAAAGUUGAUGCUCGAGCAAUCAAAAAAAGAUCAUCUGAUGUUAGCGCUGAAGAGUAUAAACGUGCUCUAGUUGAUGCUUUGGCUCAUGCACUUGUUAAGUCACAUGAACGUAAACGUGGUAACUCUGGUGCAUUUGAUUCAUUGAAAGCAAACAGACGAGAUGACCAAGAGGUAUGGACUGAACACUAUGCUGGUGAAAGUGGUGAAAGUAGUCCAUCAGGGGCUGCAUCAGGCUCAUCCGGUGAUAGUAGCGCAACAGACGCUGGAUUCGAUUCAUGGUUGGCAUCAUUCCUAUCAGGCAAUGCCGAUCCGGAUGUAUGGACUGAAUCAGGCACAUGGGGUGAUAGUAGCGCAUCAGGGGCUGGAUCAGGCUCAUCAAACAAUGGCGAUCAAGAUGUAUGGAGUGAAGUAGCAUCACGAGCAGCAAAACAAACAGCAGGAAAAGGAAAAACAGUGACAAAAACAAAAACAGAAACAGGAAAUGGAAAAAAUACAAAACAAACAUCGGUAAAAACUAAACAGACAGGAAAAAAACAACAUUAA